UUCAACAAUUUCAUAUAUAGUUCAGCUGGAAACAGAACAUUUUUCCUUAUUUAAUUAGCAGAAGGAAAAAAAAAUUAUAAUAAUAGUAUUCAAAGCACAAAUCUCCUUUAUAGUUUCUCUAAAAACCGAAAACUGUGAAAAAAAAAAAAAAAGAAUGAGUCUAAGUGGUAAACUUCUUGUUUUUCAGCAGCAAUUUCAGUGUCAUCAAAGCUUCAAGAUUGUUGAUUUUCCUUCACUUCACAAAUACCCAGUUGUCUAUUUUUCCAAGAAAUGCUUCAAUUAUUCAGGGGUACGAUUGGUGGGGUUUCAUUCAGCUAUGCAGUCCACAUCGCUAAGUGGUAAUUCAGGACCGUUGGUUCGUAGAUGUAUCUCAGAAACAUUCUCGGAUCCGUUUGGGCCUAGUGACUCUGAAUCACUUGAGAAUCUGAAACAAAAAGAGAACGCCGUUUUGACAAUUUUGAAGGGAGCAAACUCUUUUAUUCCUCAUGUGGUUCUCGCGAGCACAAUUUUGGCGCUUAUCUAUCCACCUUCAUUUACUUGGUUUACCAACAGGUACUAUGCCCCUGCGUUAGGAUUUUUAAUGUUUGCUGUUGGAGUCAACUCAAAUGAAAAGGACUUUCUUGAAGCUUUCAAGAAACCUGCUGCCAUUUUUGCUGGUUAUAUCGGUCAAUUUGCUGUGAAGCCAAUACUCGGGUAUCUUUUCGGCACGGUUGCAAUGACCGUAUUUGGUCUUCCAACCUCCUUAGCUGCAGGGAUUAUGUUGACGUCUUGUGUUAGCGGAGCACAGCUGUCGAACUAUGCUACUUUUCUAACCGAUCCACAAAUGGCCCCUCUUAGUAUAGUGAUGACAGCGUUAUCUACAGCUACUGCCGCUUUUAUCACCCCGACUUUAACGUUAUUGCUUAUUGGGAAAAAGUUGCCUGUGGAUGUCAAGGGAAUGAUUUCCAACAUACUCCAGAUCGUUGUUGCACCUGUUGCUGGUGGACUGCUUCUGAAUAGAUUCUUCCCGCAGAUUUGCAACGCUAUUCGUCCGUUGUUGCCUCCCUUAUCAGUUUUCGUGACUGCUCUGUGUGUAGGAGCUCCACUCGCUAUUAACAUAGAUUCCCUCCUGUCCCCUUCCGGGAUGUCUGUUUUGUUCCUUGUGAUUGCAUUUCAUUUGUCAGCGUUCAUCUCGGGCUAUGUACUUUCCGGCCUAGCCUUCCACAACGCACCAGAUGUCAAAGCUCUACAAAGAACGCUGUCAUAUGAAACAGGCAUGCAAAGCAGUCUAUUGGCCCUUGCUCUUGCAAAUAAGUUUUUCCAAGAUCCUCUCGUUGGCGUCCCUCCAGCUAUAUCGGUUGUGAUUAUGUCAUUAAUGGGCUUCUCACUAGUGAUGCUAUGGACUAAGAAGAAAGAAACUUUAAUGGAAUGAUUAAUUAAUUAUUAUACUAAUAAAAGUAAUUUUUUAAUCAUUCCAUGUGUAAUUUUGGAUAAUAAAAGUGAAUUUGUUACUCAUAAUUGUUUUUCCACAUAUGGUAUUUUUGGUUUGAAUGAAAAUUUUAGGGGAAUAAGUGUGUUUUUUAUUUA